CAAGGCAAGCUGAUUCUUCCUCCUAAAAUCUCAUCAUAGUCACACACACACACACACUGCUGUGACUGAGGGAAAGAAGAUCUUUCCUCCCUCCUGAAUCCCAAUGGAGGGGAUGGUGGUGAGCGCCGUGACAGGGGCCAUGAGAACGCUGCUGCCCAAGCUCGCCGCCUUGCUGGCGAGCAAGUACAAGCUGUCCAGGGGCGUCCACAAGCAGAUCGUCUUGCUGAGGAACGAGAUGAGAAGCAUGAACGCCCUCCUCCUCAAGCUGUCCCGGACGGCGGAGCUCGACGAGCAGCAGAGGGACUGGCGUGACAAGGUGCGUGAGCUCUCCUACGACAUGGAGGACUGCGUCGACAUCUUCACCCACGACCUCAACGGCGGCCAUGGCGGCAAGGCCUGGCUUAAGCGCAGGCUCAGGAAGAUCAAGACGCGCCACAAGAUCGCGAGCCGCAUCGAGGAACUCAAGGCUCGAGCGCUAGAAGUAAGCAACUGCCACCAUAGGUAUAAGACUGAUGAGUGUGUUGGUUCCCCUGACUGCAUUCCUCCUCCUCGGGGCCUGGUCGCUAUUGACCCUCGAAUGGAGGCACUCUAUGUAGAUGCCAACAGCCUUGUGGGCAUGGAUGGCCCAAAGGAGAAGCUCAUCAAGUUGCUCAGUCAGGAGCAGGUGGUUGGAAAUCGCCUAAAAGUGGUGGCUGUUGUUGGAUCUGGGGGUAUGGGCAAGACAACUCUCGCCCACCAAGUUUAUACUAAGAUCAAAAGCCAAUUUGAUGCCAAGGCUUUCAUAACGGUGUCUCCAAAUCCCAGUACUGUGGAGGCUCUGUCAGAUAUAUUGCAAGGAUUUCAGGGCUGGGUGUCCUCUAGCCUGAAUGAUGAACGCAAACUCAUCGAGGAACUCCGGAAGUACCUCAAAGAGAAAAGAUACCUUAUCGUGCUGGAUGAUAUUUGGGCAAUCAACGCAUGGAACACUAUUAAAGGUUCUUUUGUGGAGAAUAAUCUUGGUAGCAGAGUUAUAACAACUACACAAAUUGAAGAUGUUGCUAAGGCAUGCUGCUCUUGUUUUCAUGGGCAUGUCUAUAGGAUCAGACCUCUUAGUGAUCUUGACUCAAGGAGAUUAUUUUAUAGAAGGGUAUUUUAUUCUGAUGGUGUAUGUCCCGAGCAACUAAAGAAUUUUGCCGAUGAAAUAUUGAAGAAAUGUGAUGGUGUUCCAUUAGCUAUUCUCAGUGUAGCCAGCUAUUUGUCUAGUCAUGAAGAGGUAAACUCAAAGGAAACAUGGGAGAAGAUGCAAAAUCAUUUUGGUUUUCCAUUGGAAGGACACCCUGCAUUAGAAUGGAUGAGGCAUGUGCUUACGCUUGGCUACAAUGAUUUGUCUUUGGAACUUAAGACAUGUUUGUUGUAUCUUGGUAUAUUCCCGAAGGCUUAUAAAAUAAAGAAGGAAGAUUUGGUGAAGAGAUGGAUUUCCGAGGGUUUUAUUAUUGAAAAGCAUGGUUAUAGCCAUCAGGAGAUUGCCAAAAGCUACUUUAGUGAGCUCAUCAACAGAAACAUGAUCCAAAUAGCCGAGUACGAUGACUGUGGGCAUGUGCUGUCGUGUAGAGUGCAUGAUCUAAUGCUUGACUUUAUCAUACUGAAGUCCACGGAAGAAAACUUUAUCACUGUAAUCAAGGAACCACCUACAGUUAAUGGUGCACACAACAUGAAAGGCCAUUUCGAAUUCCGCCGGCUAUCCCUCCAAGUUGGUAAUUCAGAAUGCACUCAGGUGCUGGAUAACACCGCUCUCACCCAAGCUAGGUCUUUGAACUUUUGGGGUGAACCAGAAUGUAUGCCUUGUCUCUCAAGUUUUCAACUUCUGCGAGUUCUGCAUCUUUAUGCUCGCGGCGACGAAUAUCAACACUAUGAUCUAUCUCCCAUAUGCAACUUUUUCCAACUGAGUUAUUUGAAGAUUGGAGGUGUGCAUUGUGAGAAACAGCUAAGAGAAUUGCAUAAGUUACAACAUUUGAAGACAUUGGAGCUAGCUAGUGGUGUAGGGUCUUUUCGGCUAGAUGUCAGCAUAUUACCCUCGACGCUGUGCCACCUGAUUGUUCCGACUAGUGUGGAACUGUUUGGUGAGAUCGGCAGGAUGAAAGCCCUUUGUACUUUGGUUGGAUUUUCCAUACUUCGCCGAGAUGUGAAGAGCAUGAAGGCCCUGGGUGGUCUGAGCAAUCUGAGUGAGCUAGAGCUAUAUCUUCAAGGGCCUUUUGUUCCUGAUUCUGAUUCUAAUUAUGAUUCUGUUUAUGAUGCUCUACUCCUCUCCCUCAGCAGACUUGGCAGGCUUCAAUCCAUAACCUUCCACGGUCUCGCAAGAUAUACUUACCUGACGAAGUAUGUCUUAACUUGUUGGUCCGCUCCACCGCCAAGCAAUCUUCAUAGAUUACAUGCGCAGGGCUUCACCUUCUCUAUCGUCCCAGACUGGGUUGCACAACUCAACCAACUCAGAAGCCUGAAAAUUGAAGUUCGGUCACUGCUGAGAGAUGGUGUGGAGGUUCUGGCCAGGCUGACCAUGCUGGUGCACCUUACAUUAUUUGUUAGGGAGCAUGUUCCCCUGGAAGGCUUAGUCAUCCGAGGUGGAGCAUUUCCAAACCUGAAAGAACUUUGGUUCAGGCAUAAAGUGCCUUUCCUCAUGUUCGAGGCAGGGGCCAUGCCCAGGGUUCAGAGCCUCACUAUAGAGUGUUAUGCACAAGCAGAGCGGCAAGGUGAUGAUAGUGUACUUGAUGGCAUCGAGCAUCUGGGAAGCCUAGAGACAUUCAAGGUGUACAUUUGUAACCAGGAGAAUUUCAGCAUGUUGUAUCCAUUGACAUUGAAUCUUUCCAAGAAGCCGCACGUGGAAGAUAUUCAACGGUGGGACAAACAUAGUAUUGAGGCAAUGCUGAGGAAGGCGAUCAACAAGCAUCCAGGGAAUCCACAUGUUAGCAUUGAACUUGUGUAGCGCGAUCAAGUGGACAGGAUGGGAGGAAGUGCAGAGCUCAAAAUGGGCCAUGUUACAAUGGGCGCCCUACUGCGGUUCCAUGGCCAGAAUAAACAUUGACUGGUGGAGUGCCAUGGAGAGGGCUGCUUAGCUAGGCACAUGUACAUUGCUGUCAGUGUUAGGAUGUAAGCAUUGUCAUGUUGCCUGCUUGAUAUAGUGUGUAAGAACCCUUUAAAUUGCGCGUCCGUUCUAUGAUAAACUGAUUCAAGCUUGAACUUAGUGUCCAAAAACUUGAGAACUUUCGGAGGUAGAAAGUUACUAGUCUUCGAACUGAUUCAGCUGUUAAGAAGUACAAGAAGCUCUGUCAUCAGCAGGUCAUGGAUUGUUUCGCAAACGUCGUCAGGGGUUUGGAUUCAUCAGAUGGCAUGUAAUCUAAACGUAUAUGGUUGCAUAUAUAAUAGUAACCUUAUACGUCAAUGUUUUCCUGAUGAGCAGGAUUAAACGGUUCUUUCGCGACUAAUGUUACAUCCUACUGUUAUUCGGUGUGGAUGAUCUUUCAAGACAAUGUU